AUGAGGUCCUCCAUCCUCUUCACAUCGGCCCUCGCCGCCCUCGCCCAGACCGUCGCCGCCGUCACCGGCGCGGCCGAAGGCUUCGCCAAGGGCGUCACCGGCGGCGGCAGCGCCACGCCCGUCUACCCCAAGACCACGGCCGAGCUCGUCUCCUACCUCGGGACUCCUCGGCCCGCGUCAUCAUGCUCGACCGCACUUUUGACUUCACCGGCACCGAGGGCACCGCCACCGAGACGGCUGCGCGCCCUGGGGCACCGGCUCGGGCUGCCAGACCUCCUCAACAAGAACGCGUGGUGCGACAACUACCAGCCCAACGCGCCCAAGGUCAGCGUCACCUACGACAAGGCCGGCAUCCUCGGCAUCACCGUCAAGUCCAACAAGUCCCUGAUCGGCGUCGGCAACAAGGGCAUCAUCAAGGGCAAGGGCCUGCGCAUGGUCAGCGGCGUGAGCAACAUCAUCAUCCAAAACGUGCACAUCACCACCCUCAACCCCAAGUACGUCUGGGGCGGCGAUGCCAUCACCCUCGACAACACCGAUCUCAUCUGGAUCGACCACGUCACCACCUCUCUCAUCGGCCGCCAGCACCUCGUUCUCGGCAACAACGCGAGCAACCGUGUCACCGUCUCCAACAGCAAGUUUGACGGCCAGACCUCGUGGUCCGCCACCUGCGACGGCUACCACUACUGGGGCCUCUACUUUACCGGUUCCAACGAUACGUCAACCCCCAUACUAACCGCCCCUGCCUUGUUAGAUGAUCACCUUCAAGAACAACUACAUCUUCCACAUGUCCGGCCGCUCCCCAAGGUCGCCGGCAACACCCUCCUCCACGCCGUCAACAACUACUGGUACGACAGCACCGGCCACAACUUCGAGCUCGACUCCGGCGCCAAGGUUCUCGCCGAGGGCAACAUCUUCCAAAACAUCAAGACUCCUCCAGUCCGGCGGUGCCGGCAAGCUCUUCACCCCGCCAGCGCCUCCGCCGGUUCCGCUUGCACCCAGUAUCUCGGCCGCGCCUGCCAGGUCAACGGCUUCGGCAGCUCCGGCUCCUUCACCGGCACCGACACCUCGUUCCUCUCCUACUUUGCCGGCAAGAACAUUGCUAGCGCCACCGACUACAACACCGCCAAGAACGUCAUCAACACCGCCGGAUUCGGCACCAUCUGA